UCACUCAGUUUAAAUAUGUUGCUCCAGAGAAGGGUUUUCUAAUUAAACUUAGCUGCCUCUCGCUGGGGAUCCGAGAGGGUCUGCACACAGUUGGACAGGCUCCCAGACAGAAAGAACGGUCCAAAAUCAUUCUAGCUAAUCUAUCCAUUCAUCCCUCUCAUUGUGGUAUCUAAAUGCUUGUAUUUUUAGGGUUAGGCCUCCUUGACUGUGGAUACUGACCCAGGUCAGGUGACUGAGUCCAAGCCACACAUUUCCAUCUUCCACAGCUUUCUGAACAGAACAUUUAACUAUCUGCUAGCAGAUCAGAGGAGGAAGUGUGCUGGGUGGAAGAUGCAGUGGAAAUGGUGCAAACGAGGAUCUCAAGUGUGCUAGCUGAAAAUGCUGGAGCCCUGUAGGUACUACAGCUUGCACAAAUGAUGGGAAACUGGUGGAAGAUUUUCAAAUGCAGCCCUUGGGAAGAAGAGUGGCCUUGGGGCUCAGGAAUGGGAGUCGGGAGAGCUGGGUUCUUUGCUGGGUCUGUCAAACCUUACUUACGUGGGACUGUAAAGAUGAAGCACUGCUACUACAACGAGAGUGUGGGGUUUUUCUACAACAACAGCCGGAAGGAGCUGACCUCCUACUGGAGAACCAAGGAUGUCUUGGUCGUUGCCCUGGGCCUGACAGUCAGCGUCAUCGUGCUCCUGACCAACCUGCUGGUCAUCAGCGCCAUCAUUAUCAACCGGCGCUUCCACUACCCCAUCUACUACCUGCUGGGGAACCUGGCAGCAGCGGACCUCUUCGCGGGCAUUGCCUACAUGUUCCUCAUGUUCCACACGGGGCCCAGGACAGCAGGGCUCUCCGUCAGGACCUGGUUCAUCCGGCAGAGCCUCCUGGACACCAGCCUGACUGCCUCGGUGGUGAACCUGCUGGCCAUCGCCGUGGAGAGGCACCAGACUGUCUUCACCAUGCAGCUGCACAGCUCCAUGUCCAACCAGCGGGUGGUGAUCCUGAUCAUCUGCAUUUGGGUCACAGCCCUGCUGCUGGGUCUCAUCCCAUCCUAUGGCUGGCACUGCCUGUGCGACCUGGGCAACUGCUCCAGGAUGGCGCCCCUCUACAGCAGGAGCUACUUGACCUUUUGGGCCCUCUCCAACCUGGUCAUCUUCCUGAUCAUGGUGGUCGUCUACACUCACAUCUUUGUCUAUGUCAAGAGGAAGAUGACGCGCAUGUCCAAGCACACUAGCUUCCACCCCCGCUACAAGGAGACCAUGAUCAAUCUCAUCAAAACCGUCAUCAUCAUUCUCAGCGCCUUCGUUAUCUGCUGGACUCCAGGGCAGGUGCUGCUCCUGCUGGACGGCCUGGCCUGCGAAAGCUGCAAUGUGCUGGCGGUGGAGAAGUAUGUCCUCUUGCUGGCAGAGAUCAAUUCGCUCAUCAACGCCAUUGUCUACUCCUAUCGGGACAAUGAGAUGCGCAGCACCUUCCGGAAGAUCCUCUGCUUUAUCUGCUACAGGAAUCCCAAAUACUCUCCUGCAUCGGUCAAGUCUAAUGUCACAAAACGCAGGAUUCUCUCUCAGAACGGCCAUUCUACCAUGGACUCCUCACUGUAGGAGCCUAGCUCAGGGUUCAUUCACGCUGCUCCAUAGCAACCACCCGAGAGCAGAGACCCAGGGUGACCUGUUUGUCAAGCAGAAGAACAUUUAAAAAAAAUAAACUUGUUUGAAAGCAUAAAUGUUUGAAUAAAGAGUGGCGUCAGCAGAAUGGGGCGAAAAGCUAUUAAGGCAGUGCCGAGCAGUGCCUUGCUUGGCACAGACAGACUUUGAGUUACAUACCCGCUAUUAAAGAGGUGCUGUUUUUAACAGCACUGUUGAUUUAAUUUAGUAGCCUCCAAAAGGCAUGCUCCACGUUAACCAGGACGCUUGUGUGAGUAUUUCUACAUGAGACGUGUAUUGUCUUAGUUCUUCAGUAUUACUACCUACAGGAAUGGUCACUCCAGUGCUGUGGUAUUCCAGGGCCAUGACCCAAAGUCCUUUUGCUUAAUCUGUCCUUACUUAUUGAAAUCAGCAAGAGCUUUGCUUGAGACUUUAGAGUGAGAGACUUCUGACCCACAGAUUUUGAAAAUCCUGUUCUCUUUAAGAUGUCUCUAGGGAAGAUCCAGUUUAUGUGAAUUCCUUUAUGAGAAGCAGUUUGCUGCUUUGCUGAAGUGUCUGUUACUGAAUUUCCAAGUAUUGUGAGCUUUUCCAGAAUGUCCGAGGAGCACAUACCACUUUCCUGAGCUGGAGAGUUAAGCUGCAGCUAAAAGCUCCAAUAGCAUUGUUGUUCUGUUAAGUGUACAGCACAGUACUUUAUAGUCUUGACUGCGGAUUCAUUGCCUAUUCAUGAAGAUGCAGUGAGUCAUGUUCCCAUGAAACUAACCUUUUCCACUCACUAAGAGCCCUUCGACCGCUUUGUGUUGGAGUCUGAGGCAAUCAGCACUUUCCCUUAGAUUUUAAUGUGCAAUUUGUAGCUUAACCCUCAAUGCAAAUAGCAUGUAAACACCAUCAUUUCAAAUGUAGUCUUGAAGGCAAACCAAGACCUCUUUUGUCUCCGUGCAGCACAGAAACAAGAAGCAUUUCUCACCAUCAAUAUGCUUAGAGCCAAAUUCUCUGCUAGAGUAACUCCGCUGAUUUCAGUGGAUGUAUGGCACCAGAGUAUUCGGCUCUUGACACGUAUGUGAACACUGCGAUGAUAGAAGUUGUGAUUGUCAUUUUGGCGCCCCCUACUGGAGGCAGACAUUUUGCUAUAGAGAGAAUAUUUGUGACACUGGCUGUGUGGGAGUGUAAACUUCUUCCAUGUCCUUAACAAAAUUUUAGGGUGAGAUUUGCAAAAGCACUCAGUGUUGGGCUGAGUCUGCUCCCUUGGCUCCAGUGGGAGCGGAGGUAGACCAACACCUGUAACCUUUAACACGCAAUAUUUAAAUGUUUAAAAAUUAAAGAGCCUGAUCCUGUCAGGUGCUGAGCUCCCUCAACUCCCACUGACAUCAGCAUGUCUCAGGAUUGGAUCCAGUGUUGUUUGGGGGAUUGCUAAGCCAAUAUGGAAGCCGAUGGAAAUUUGUUGUGUCUUCUGUCAUGUCCAAUGUUACAAUCGUAGUUACUUCUGUUUAGCUAGAUGACUGUCACCAACUGUGGCUCAGAAAUCCAGAUACAACUAAGAAACAGCUUUCAAAUAUGUUGCAUAGCUUAGCCAUGCUGGAAGAGAUAUGUUACCUUUUAAACUUCCAGCUGAGAGAAAAUGGGCAGUGUUUUGCUUGAUUAGCAGAGGAGUUUUGUGUCUAAAUAUUUUCCACCAAAAAGAAAAGAGAUUAACCCUGUGGAACAGCUGCAGUUGCACCCUGGGCUUUAUGGGCUAAAUUCUCCGUUGGUGCAGAUUAGCACAGCUCCAUUGAAGUCAAUGGCCAAUUUCCACUAGCAAUGAGGUGGGUCCUGUAUUUGUAGACUCCUGGGGAUUUGUCACUGAUGGUCUGCUGGGCCCAGUACAAACCUAACAAUUUUCCGACAGCUUCUGCAAAAAGCCUUGAAGCAGCGAGGCAAUAAAAGUUCCUUUGUCUGAAAAGCAAAGCAAAAUUAUCUUAGAAAUAUUUGUCCAGGCUUUCUUUUAUUAACAGGGAAAAAGAAUUAAAAGUGUACAUUAGUUGUGGUGUUUAGCUGUGGAAUUGGUACUAAAAUUAUUUCCAGGGAAAAAAACAUUGACUGUGCUGCAUGCUGAUUAUGAAUGAAUCUUUGUAGUGGAUGAAAUGACAUGCAGCCCUUCAAGAACUGCAGUUGGCUUUUAUGCCCAAUCAGGCCUUUAAUAAGUUGUGCACAUUCCUCCCAGAGAACUCGGCUAACUCGCCUGACCUCACCCAGUCUGCUGGGCUGCAGCUGUUGCACUGUGUUACAGCAAGCAAUAAAGUCCACUCUUACAAGUGGUUUCCUGCAGGUGUCUCAGUGGAGGAAGGGAAGCUAAUAAUAAUUUUUCUUUAUUUGACAUUUUACUGCCACCAUAUAGAAGCUCAUCUUUGUUUUUCUGUAUUUUUUUACAAGUUUAUUUAAAACUAGCCUGAAAGCCGAACCUGUAUUAGCAGUGACGGAUUGUUGUACAUGAGUUCUUGUUGAUUCUUACACCUUGUCCCAGACAGACACUCCCCUCUUAGUGCCCUGCCUUAGAGCUUGUAACAAUGGAGUUGGAGGGUUGAGUAAUGACUAUGCAAAAAUUCAGCCUAUGAUUUAUUCUCCCUCUUCAGAAUGCACCUCCCCAACCCAAUCAAGACAGUGUAUAUAAAGAGAGAGACAUGGCCCAAAUCUCCUAUGGAAACAAGCCUCUGAAUGGAAAGAGAGUGGCUUGAGUCUUUCCUGAGUGAUUUAACCCUUAGAAAUCUAGCUGAUUUCCAAGUAGCUCUAAUAGAUAUGGGAGAGGGAAAAUGAGAAUCAUGGAAGCAAGAGUGGAAAAUUAUGUCAGAUGAAACUUGAAAGGAAAGGGAGAGUCAGUGAGAUAGGAUUGGCAGGUGCAGACACAAACCACCUAGCAAUGGAAAUAAAUGGUCUAUAUGGAAUCCACACGAUCAAAAGGGUACUCUGUACAAGAAAUUCACUUUCCAGGAAACACAAAGCCUUUAUCUAAAUACAUGGGGACAGGAAUUACCCUUUUAUGUUACAUUUCCUAUUCUUCUUUCUGUGUGUCUAACGACAUACUUUGCAGAGCAGGCUGUGAUGUUCUCUACUAAAAUGUUAGCUUCCUAGAGGCAACUUACCGACUCCAGAAUGUGAGUUUUGUUCUUUGUCACACUGCAUUCAUGACACAUUGGACCUGUGCUGUUCAUUUCACCUCAGUUGUCUUAGCUCAGUGCUCAAGACAAAGAAGAAGGCAAUAUUGACAGCAAAGCUAGCAUCCCUCACUCUCUUCAUCUCAAGAAGAAAAAUAAUGGAUUUCUAAUGUCGAAGUAUGAACCUCUCUUUGACAUUUCAUCAUCUACUUUUUCAAACUUCUCAUGAGAAAAUCUUCCUGCAGCCUGAAAUUGGCCACCAUUGUAUUGUUCUAGAUGUCAGAGAUGCAUAUGGCCAUUACAGACUCGUUGAGCAUUGGGUGGAAGGAAGGAAUAGACACUUAAGAGCUAUUUUUAAGGGAUCAGAUACGGGAUAUGUGAGAACACACAGCUUGAUCAAAGCUAGGCCACGUGGUUCCAGGAAUGAGGGGUCGUGCCUUGCUGGCGAGCUGGAAUUCCUUAAGCAAUUUACUACCUAAAGUCAUACAAGGGCAGUUCUGAAAGGAGGCUAACAUCAAAGGUGUGGUGCAAAUUUUGUUUGUUGGAACAAAACCUGGAAGAAAGGGGAGAGAUGAGGAAUUGUUUAAGGGGAAAUUAUUUGUGACGAUCCCAAAAGCUCACCCAUCCUUCUGAAACUCAGUGACUCGGGUGAUGGCUGGAUAGUAAAACAGCUGUAGUAUUGUGAGCAGGGCCAACUGAACGGGAGACCCCUAGGGGGCCAAACUCUGCAGAGACACCUCCCCUCCUCUAGGAGGGUAGCGAGUAUUUUCAGUUCUCGCCUAUUGUUGCUCAAUAUCAAGCAGUUGGGAGCAGUAGAAGUCUAGCGUUACUUUUCACAAGUAGAGAACACCUGGGCUAGGUGGAGGGCAGUUGUCUAAGGCUAGCAAGGAGAAAGCCAGGGCUUAGCGGAUUAUGGGGUCAGUAAAGCUAUGGCUCAAAAACCUUUUUCUUUCUUUGUGUCUUGGGACAUGCUUUAAUGUAGUUGCAAAGCCUGGCUUCUUUCUGCCACGGAAAGUGCAUGCCCAACAGAGGUAAUUCAGGAAAGAAAAAUCACACUGACUGUACAUCAGGUCUUUCCUGCAGUAUUUCUCUGUGUGAGAAGCUUUCCAUUGUGCCCUGUAAAUCACACACACAGGCAAUAUUUGUUUUGGCAGAUAUAAACAUACAUACGUGCUAGUCACAGACAUCAGUUGAGUUUCCUGAAUACAGGUUGCUCAGGGAAUCACAGUUAGUCAUUUGACAGUUGCUCUUGUGCACAGCAUAUGGGUGUGAAUGCUGCAUCGGGAACAGAAGUGAAAAGGAUCAUCCAGGGCUCACCUUGCUUGUAUGCAGUGCAUACUACAGCUCAAGAGCCCAACUUUCAAGGGUGCUUGUGAACAGACCCCCUUUGCAGCCAGAUUUGGAUCUGGGCCCCUUGAAACUGUGGUGGGAGGGAAGGUUAAUGACAUCAAUUCAAUUGAGAUAGUAGCAGAAACCUUAAACUAGGGCCAAAAUUUUCUAACUUGCAAGCCUAAGGUUAGAUACUGAGCUGGUGGAUAAGUGGUCUCGUUUUCAGAUGGCCUUAGCCCAUGCAGCUCCCACUGGUGCCUGCCUUUAGGCACGCACAUUUGAAAAGAUUGGCCCAAGAUCGUAGCUGCUCUGCAUGAACAGUAAGCUCCUGAUUCCCAUUUACAGAAAGGCCCCUCUGCAGUGCCAGAGGGGCACAGAGGGACCCUGGUAUAAAGAAAGUGAUUAUAUGAGGCACUGCACUUUUUUGCAGCUUGCAGUGUUCCUGGCUGCACUGUAAUUGUUACUGUUAGUAAAGAAAGCUUAUGGGAAUGUCUCCAUUGCUGUAUCUUAGACAAUUGUUCUAAUACUACCUGCCAUAAGCCAACCUGCAUCUACUGGGAGUUAGGAGGAGCUUUCCAGUGGGCAGUUUAUCUCAUAACAGCCACUGCAGGGUCACUGGUGCCUUCACCAGCCACCAUUUGAGGUGAGGCUCACUGGGCUCUGAACUGGGCUGGCUGUUCCUGUGUUUCUGCAUUCCUAGAACCCCACAGAGACCGUGUCACUGGGCUGAUUGUGAAAGGAGAACCACCAGCUACAUUUAAAGUGUCAGAGCUAUGGGGUUUUUUUAAAGCGCUCAGCUACCGAGCUUAUGGGUGUAGUACAAAAUGAUAGACAGGCAGAGUCAAUGCUGCUGUGGGUCUGUUCAUGACUAUCCCCAAGUGAUUCAAUAACCAACAGUGCAAUGGGAAGGUGGAAACUUCGCACUUGAGAAUUGCGUGUUAUGUCCUUUGAAAAACAGCCUUGUGAAUAAACUGGUAUUUCCCAUAUUCUGUGUGCUGACCUCUUGUCCAGAGUUGGUUUUGAAAGCCCCUUGAUCCUCCUUUCAGGCCACAGUGCAAACUUUCAACCCUGGACAUUUUAAUUGGAUGCUCUAGUUCUACAUUUGCCUCUGAGUCAUGGAGUUGCAUCUUUCUUUCUUUAAUCAAAUUUUUAUAAAAGGUAAUACCCAUCCAUCCACUUAGACUAAUGAGAAUUCACGUCUCCAAGUUACACUCCUCUAGAGUAUUACAUUAUCCAUCCAAAUGUAUCUUUUAACAUGACUCUGUAUAUGGGACAUGGCGUUAUGGAAGGUCUUAAAGAGCGUAGGUGUCCCUACCACUCGGCUGGACUUGAUUAGAUUAAACACACAGAAUAAUGAAGAGCAAUGCUCAGGCAUUAAGAAACUAAAUAAUAAAAUAAUUCACACCCCCAUCUCCUCACUCCCCACCCUGGUGCUGUAUAUAAUGAAACAAACCUACAAGUGCAGAAGACUUCACCCCUCUAGUCCCCUGACA